AUGCAUGGGUUUCUCGUGCAUGGCCAAGCCUCGCGCGGCCUCAUGUCUGCGGAGGUCAAGAAAGGUUACACCGGCUGCCGAUCAUACCUCAUGAGCGCCGAAGAUUUGGGAAAGGGCGGACGCCUUACGCACAGUGAGAUUCUCAUUGCGAAUGAAGCAAUCAUCAAGCAAAGGAGGGAGGGGGUGCAGGUGUCGGAGGAGUACGUCCGUCGCCUCGAGGGCCAGGCCCGCAGCACCUGCCUUGAAUCGGUUCUCAGCAGAUCGGUGGAAGCCGCCCGCGCCCGCUGCCGGGAGACGAAGCGGAUGCGGACAUGGGUCUCGUGGAGCACUCAAACCUUGUCCAAAUCGUCAGAACCAGCACGUGUUGCCCAGGCAUCGUACACGAUGCAGACCCUCGUCGUCGUCUCGGCGAUCUACGGCGUCGCAUUCAAUGAGCGCGGCAUGACGCCAGCAGAGAACCGCGACACCGCGCUGACCUUGAAGAGGGCCUUCGACUGCCUCCUCAACUCCGGCGUGGCCCUCGCACGUGCUCACUCUCUGCAGUGCCCACUCCCGGGACGAGCGGACGAUGGGCCCCGUGGCCCUGAUGUGUUUAACCGCGAGCAAGAGCAGGAGACGAGGGCGCGACAGGAAGAGAGCACGCGCCCGCAGAACGGCUGGAAAUCAGGGUGCCGCUUCGGGCACGCGAUGGAGGCACGGCCCUGCCGACCGUGUAGGUGCGCCGCACAUGGGCAGCGCCUGUUCUUUCGUUUUUUUUGUCUCCUGGAGCUGCGGCUCACCUUCAUUUGGAUGGCGCCUCUGCCAUCGCUGCUGUCCUCACGGGCUAUCUUCAAACAGUCAUACAGCCAACGCGGAGCAACUUCACUCCGUGACUAUCCGUCCAUGCGUGAACCAUGGCCCGUUGCAUAA